CUAUAUUCGCAAUACUCCCCUAUCAACUUAACCGUCGGGCAAAGACGGUAGAGAGAUGGGGGAGUAUCAUGACCGCUCCUACAGUCAGGGGAUGGUCUCCGCUCCGAUGCCGUGGAUUCCACGCGCCGCCGGCGUCCUCCCUCAAGUUCAUCCCCAAGCAGCGCUUUCGGCACCUGCCCGAGCAGAGAAGCCCCGCACCGGCAUUGUGGUCGCUGCCGCUUUCGGACUUGGAGUCCUACUUCGUCUCCCUCUUGAAUGCCUCCGCGACUCUCCCCCGCCUCCGGCAACUCCACGGCCUCAUCUACCGCUCCGGCCUCCACCAGUCCUGCUUCGUCCUCACCAAGCUGAUACGCUCUCUCACCGCCCUUGAUGUCCCGGUCGAGUCCUACCCCAAACUCAUCUUCCGCCAAGCCAAAUGGCGCAACCCUUUCCUCUACACCGCCCUCAUCAGAGGCUAUUCCCUCCGAGGGAAUCUCGCGGACUGCGUCGACUUGUACGGUAGUAUGAGAAGAGAUGGAAUUUCCCCUGUUACCUUUACGUUCACGGCCAUCUUCAAGGCCUGCGGGGAGAAUCUCGACUUGCGUUUAGGGGAACAGAUGCACUGUCAGAUGGCUCUGUUUGGUGGGUUUGGGUCUGACUUGUACGUGGGCAACACCCUGAUAGAUAUGUACGUGAAAUGCGGGGUUUUGGGCUCUGCCCGCAAGAUGUUCGACCUAAUGCCUGAACGAGACUUGAUUUCUUGGACAACUCUGAUAGUGGCUUAUUCGAAGAGCCAGGACAUGGCCUCUGCGAGGCGCCUAUUUGACUGUAUGCCCGAGAAGGACGCCAUUGCAUGGACCGCGAUGGUUACCGGCUUUGUCCAGAAUUCCAAGCCGGGGGAGGCCUUAAAGUUAUUCGACAGGAUGCAAACCGCCCGUGUGAGCCUUGAUGAGUACACAUUAGCAGGUGUUAUCUCCGCCUGUGCUCAGUUGGGGGCGUCGAAGUAUGCGAAGUGGGUGAGUGAGAUUGCGGAGGAGAACAUGCUCAGCCCGACAAGUAACGUGGUCGUGGGGUCCGCGCUGAUUGAUAUGUACGCAAAAUGUGGGCAAGUGGACGACGCGUAUAAAGUCUUUGAGGCUAUGAAGGAGAGGAAUGUGUACAGCUACAGCUCGAUGAUCGUGGGUUUUGCUAUUAAUGGGCAGCCAAAAGCAGCAAUAAGUUUAUUCCACGAAAUGUUGAAGAGUACAGACAUCAGACCUAAUGAUGUGACCUUUAUCGGGGUCCUUACAGCUUGUAGCCAUGGGGGAAUGGUGGAUCAGGGCCGCCAAAUAUUCGCGUCGAUGGAGAAAACUUAUGGGAUCCUACCCAAUGCGGACCAUUAUGCCUGCAUGGUCGAUCUACUUGGCAGGGCAGGAAAAUUAACAGAAGCCCUCGAGCUUAUUAGGAAAAUGCCUGUGGAACCCCAUGGCGGAGUGUGGGGUGCCCUGCUUGGUGCUUGUAAGGUGCACACAGACCCCGACAUUGCUGAGAUUGCUGCUGCCCAACUCUUCAUUUUCGAACCUGACGCAGUUGGGAAUUAUAUAUUACUUUCUAAUAUCUAUGCAUCAUCGGGAAGGUGGGAUGAUGUUUUACGAGUGAGGAAGCUGAUGAGGGGGAAAAAGCUUAGGAAGAAUCCGGGGUGUAGCUGGUUUGAAGCAAAGAAGGGGGAGAUUCACGAGUUUUUUGCUGGCGACACGAAGCACCCUCGGUCAGAUGAAAUUAAACAGGUCUUGGAUGAACUCGUUGGGAGGUUAGAGGCUAGUGGAUAUGAGCCAAUUUUGAAUUCGGUGGCUUAUGAUGUAAGCGACAAGGACAAGAGAAGAAUACUGCUUGGCCACAGUGAAAAGCUUGCACUUGCAUUCGGGAUAUUGAGUUCCACCUCAGGGUCUACGAUCAGAAUAGUGAAGAACCUGAGGAUUUGCGAGGACUGCCAUUCGUUUAUGUGCGGUGCAUCUCAGGUUACAGGGAGGGAUAUUGUCAUCAGGGACAACAUGAGGUUCCACCAUUUCCGUGAUGGCGCUUGCUCAUGCAGGAAUUUCUGGUGAGCACAAUAUUGCCUCAAUUUGUUGUUGUGAGAUGAUCUGUAUAGAGGGCGACCGAAGUCAUUAUACCUUAUUCCAGAUUCCGACAACACAAGCUCCAAGCUUUCUACCUUCUCCGGCUGAAAAAUAGUACAGACAUUGAUGGUUGUCUUCGCUCAUUAUCUCGAAGCCACAUUUGGUACAUCAUUUAUAUCAACUCGAAAAGUCUAUCAGGGCAUCUCUUUGGGCAUCUGAAAUGCAAAUUAAUGAGAGGUGUUUGGCUUCGAUGAUCUUCCUCUGUUUGUGCAGUUCUCUGUUAAUGUCCUGCUGAACGUCCCCUCCGUCACUCUACUGGUUUUCGCUCUUUCGAUAGAUAUUCAAAUCAUACUUUCACAUUAUGGUUUGUCUUCUUGUUUGAUAAUGAUAAAAUGCAGAAAACAACAUGCCAUGGAUCGUGACUUAUGUUACGGGCAUCAUAUCGGGAAGCCAUAAAUUGGCAUUUUCAUGAUC